AUGACCGAAGCGGAGGCUGCAGCGGCGGAGCAGGAGGAGAGCCUGGCCGAGGGCCGGGUUCCCGGCUCCAACAGCCACCUAAUCGACGAGGGGGAGCCGGAGGACAAGCGGCCGAAUGGAACCUUCCAGGCCGCGGCGAACGGGGACCCGCUGCUCGGCAAGGCCGCCGCCCCCGCCCUGGGGAGCUUUGACAAGUCCCAGCUGGGGGAGGAGGAGGAGCCCCAGGCCCGGCUGGUGCCGCUGCUUCUCCGCGGCGGCGGCGAGGCCGAGGCCGGGCCUCAGCAGGGGCCCCGCGCCGUGCGCACCGCGCUGUCCCCGCGGCGCUUCGCGGUGCUGCUCAUCUUCAGCCUGAACUCGCUGGUCAACGCCUUCCAGUGGAUCCAGUACAGCAUCAUCAGCAACGUCUUCGAGCACUUCUACGGCGUGCCCCUGACGGACAUCGACUGGCUGUCCAUGGUCUACAUGCUGGUCUACGUGCCGCUCAUCUUCCCCGCCGCCUGGCUGCUGGACCGGUGCGGCCUGCGCCCCACCGCCCUGCUGGGCUCGGGCUUCAACGCCCUGGGCGCCUGGGUCAAGUGCGGCAGCGUGGGCCCCAACCUCUAUUGGGUCACCGUGCUGGGCCAGCUGCUGUGCUCCGUGGCGCAGGUGUUCAUCUUGGGCUUGCCCUCCCACGUAGCCUCCGUGUGGUUCGGGCCCCGGGAAGUGUCCACGGCCUGUGCCACGGCAGUGCUGGGGAACCAGCUUGGUGUUGCAGUUGGUUUUUUAUUACCACCAGUUUUGGUGCCCAACACAAAGAACGACACUGCUCUUAUGGCACACAAUAUCAGCAUCAUGUUCUAUGGAACAGCAUCAGUUGCCACAUUUUUAUUCAUACUAACGUUAAUAGCAUUCAAAGAAAAGCCUCCAUUUCCACCAAGUGAAUCUCAAGCAGUUCUCCAACAUAGUCCCCCAGAGUAUUCCUAUAAACAAUCAAUAAUGAAUUUAUUUAAAAAUAUUCCCUUUGUGCUUUUGCUAAUUAGUUAUGGUAUUAUGACUGGGUCAUUUUAUUCAGUCUCAACACUAUUAAACCAAAUGAUCUUGACAUAUCAUGAGGGAGAAGAAGUCAGUGCGGGACUGAUUGGACUUACUUUAGUUGUAGCAGGAAUGGUGGGCUCCAUUCUUUGUGGCUUGUGGCUGGAUUACACCAAAUCAUACAAACGGACCACUCUAAUAAUUUACAUAUUGUCUUUUAUUGGAAUGGUUAUAUUUACUUUUACCUUGAAUGUUGGACGCCUUAUCAUUGUGUUUAUUACUGGAGGAGCACUUGGCUUCUUCAUGACUGGUUAUCUCCCCUUGGGUUUUGAAUUUGCUGUUGAAAUCACAUACCCUGAAUCUGAAGGCACUUCAUCAGGUCUUCUGAAUGCUUCUGCACAGUUAUUUGGAAUUUUUUUUACAUUGGCUCAAGGAAAGCUUAUUUCAGACCAUGGCCCUUAUGCUGGGAAUCUUUUCCUUUGUGCAUGGAUAUUUUUAGGAAUCAUUUUAACAGCACUAAUCAAAUCUGAUCUGAAAAGACACAGUGUAAAUUUAGGAACUCGGAACACAGAUAUUAAAGCUGUGCCUGUCAACAGUCCUGAAGAGUGAAAAUCAAAAAAUGUUAUGUUGGUCAAACAAUCAAAAUCAAAAAUUUGAGAUGAAUGGAAAAGUUCAGUACAGAAUAAUGUGCAAAUUUUGUGUAAUACUAAGCAGGAUCAAUUGUAAUAAUCAGAUCUGUGUAUGAGCAGUCAGAAUUGAUCUACAAGUUAUGGGAGAUGGAACUUUACUUGAAAAUAAUUAUGUGAAUUAUAAAUGCACAACUACUUUUGCCUAAAAGAUGUUACAUUUUAGCACUAUUUGUUAUUUAUCAAAUGGUUUUACAUUUUUUAAAAUAGCACAUCUCUGAAAAUAUGGGCAUUUCUGCAUUUACUUUUCGAAAAUGGAAUAUUUUUCUAUUUUUUUUUAAACUGUGAGAGUAGCAGUAGAGGGUAUAUUCUCAUUUAAUAGAUUUAGGAUACCCUUUCAACUUCUUUUCUAAGACCUCAGUAGAAUAAUGGUAUUAAAUUCUCCUUUAGCAAUGGAAAAACAAAAUGCUCUUAGUAUUUUCUUAUGUGUGUAGAUGAAAAUCAGGUAGCCUGGUGUCAGUGAAGAAAGAAUUAACCUUGGAUUUAGGAAGACCUAGGCUCAAAUCCUGCUUCCCAUAUAAUCCAGGCUGUGUGGUCUCAAGGCCUCAGUCAACUCUUUAAGACUAUAAGUUGCAAAACAAUUGCUGAAUUGAAUUGAUAAAAGAAGUUUCCUCACCAGAAACUCUCUAUAUUAAUGAAAUGGUGGAUCCAGACCCUCCUCCUCCAAAUAGAUAAAUGUGACAGACUAAAAAUCCACAAACUGAAUGUGUGCUUUCUUACCUGCUUAUUCAUGAUGUCUGUCAGUCUUUCAUGUAUGCUUACAGUAUACAGACAAGAAGCCACUGACCCAAUAAGGGGAAUGUGCUUGGAGUUCCCUAGUGCCCAAGAGGAGGCCUGCAUUUCAUGUUGAGUGUAAAACAAAUUCUGUUAAAAUCCCAUCCAGUGUUUUAUUAUGAGAGGAAUAUGAUAGCACUAAAUCACUUCUGUCUGGUUGUGGUAUGACCACCUUGUGUUUUUGCCUUGGAGGGUGCUAAGAUAGGGGAACCUGUGUUUCCUUUAUACUGUCAUAGAUGUUCUCAGUGAAGCCUGCUGUGAGUGGAGCUGCUUCUCGGCACAAUCAUUGCAACUCUACAGUUGCAGCUCUUUGGGUCCUAUUUUCUUCACAACUACCAUGUACCCUUUAAACAUUAUGUUCUCAGGUAACACAGAGUAUGGCACUGAUGCCAAGUAGUACUGCAUGAGUAUGUCAGAGAAGAGCAGUGUUCUUCUCUUUCCCCCAUAAAAAGGCAUACACAAUCAUCUUACAUCUUCUUAAGACAGUCUGUUCCUCAUGUGUACAAGGAAAAAUUGGCUGAGUGUUUUUCCACGUUGCCUACUACAGUGUUUGUUCUGGAUGCUCUGGGCACGUAAACGUUGCUGACUGAAAAGCUAUGCUGUACAGUACAACUGUACUAAAAGGCCAUAAGCCCUAAAUUUCUUCCAAGUUUUGGAUUCUACAUGAAAACCUUUUAAGGAGAGGUCAUAAUGGUAUCUAGAGUCUUGAAGAACUGCAUUACUUGUGUCAUGUUCACGCAUAAAUUAACCUAAACAUGAAAACCCAGUGAAAAGUACCCCUUUUGUAGUUGGAAUAACAAUCCUGAUUCGGGCAAGAUCCAUGGAUAGAUUUAUAUUUUAAUUAUAAUCAAUUCUGUACAGCUAAGACAAUACAUGUUAUUAAAUAUAGACUGUAGCAUGACAAUGAAAAGACUACCAGAUUAAAAACCAAGAGCCCUCAGCUCUCAUCGUAGAGCUACCAAAUGACUAUCUAAAUAACUGUUAAUAAGUCAUUUAACCUCACAAGGUCUUUUUACUCAUCUGUUAAAAUAGAAUUGGACUCAGUGGUCCAUAAGCUCUCUUCCAUUUCUAAAAUAUUUUACUAAGCUAAGUACUUUACCGUAGGUUGAGUUGGGUGGAACUAGAUAAUUGGCACCCAGUGCAUGCCUUAACCUGUGCACUUGGAUGAGACUGUAUGAUUCAUCUACAUCAUGGAUACAGAUUAUCCUUGCGUCCUUCUUAAUGGCCUGUUUGGAUGAUGAUAGUUCAAUUAAAAGUGCUCAGCAAAACCUCCUUGGAUAUUCAGAGCAUAAUAUGUAUUAAUAGGAAUAUAUUUAAAGAAAAUGUUAAUGUAAUUAUUAAAAGUUUUAUUUUUUGAGAUUCUUAAAAGAGUAAUAAUAGGCACUUGCUUUUAAGGCCCCUGAGAUUUUUGUACAAGUUACAAUUAAAACUGAAAUUAUUGUCUUUUGAAAAUUAUGUAUGUGUUAUGUUUGUAUGUUUUCCCCUAGGUGAUUAGGAAACUAGGUGUUUUUUACCUGAGUUAACAACAAAAAAAUGAACGGAGAAUUUCCCACAUGGGAACUAAAGCUAUAGCUUGAAACUCAAUGGAGAAGGGCUGUGUGUUACUCUCUCUCAUACCUUGGAUUGGAUUGCCGUCAGUGGGGAAAAACUUAAAUUAUCUCAGUGGUGUAUUUAUCAAGUGACACAAAGAUGAUUAGGGUUGUUUGUUUUUUUUCCUAUAAAUAUUCCAUUUCAUGUGGAUACAUUGUUGUUUGAAGUGAUGAGAGUUCUGUUUCACCAAAUACUAAAAUUGAUUUCAUGGGCUUGAAUCAUUCAUCACCACUCUUGGUAUUUGCUUUCAUUUGAAACAAGUCAUUUGGAUUACUUAUCAACAACAGUAAUCCUUUAUGCCAUUAUGGAGAUUAUUGUGCCUUCUCCCCGGACCUCCUGGCUCUUUGGUCACCCUCCACCAUCUUUCCUGGGAAGGGGUGCCAGUGCUAAGCUUCUUGGAGGCUAACUGAAUGUCCCUGAUUCUGCUGCAUUGGGAGAGCAUAUUGCCAGCUUUCAUAAAGAUGCCUUUCUAAAUGUUGCAAAGAUAACUUGUUUCUUCAGUAUGUUGGAGAAAUCUCCUAUAAGAUGUAUUUGUUUAAACUCAGAGUAACUGCAGAAAAAAUGUUUUUCAGUCUUAUUUUCUUAAGAGUGUGAAAUAUCACUGACAUUUUUUAUGUUCCUUUGUUUGUCUGAAUCGAAGGUCUGUUUGUCCCCUAGUAUUCUCAGUUGAAAUGAAUUGAUUUUUUACAAAACCA